ACUUCCUUGCCAUCUGUCAGAAUCAAUAUCUCGAUAUUACACAAAGUCCAAACCAAGGCGAUCUGCAUCUUUGUUUAUUAUGUUCUGUUAUAUCAAUUUUACAUGUGUUUUCUCAUACGUAAGGGGACCUGCGUGACCCAGAGUCGGACACCAGCCGAGCACAUGGCGCACCCGACCCAACAUAUGACGGUAGUAAUGGUGACAGGGGUGAGAGGCUUUGGCAAAUGUCUCUCAAAAAGUUAAAGUCAAACUUCAAAAGGGAAUUAAGUGUCUCCUACAUGUUCUUAGAAGAAAGUAUUUGUGAAAGAUAUUUAAUGAAGGUUGCUGAUCUCCUUCAUCACAACGAAACCUACAAAGCAGGCGAAGUUCUGGCAGUUUUAGCUGCUACCAUAGCUGGUGGAAAAGAAAAAGAAAACAGUGGCUACCAUUUCCGAAUCAAUCGGGUAAUGUUCGGAGACCUAGAUAUAUGGAUGGCCUCGUUCAUUCUUUCGUUCGAUGGUAAAGGGAGGGAACACCUAUUAGACGUUCUAAGAGGCAUACACAGCUCUAAAGUGUCUGGCUUCAAAAAAAAAGAAGAGUACGAGAACAUGCCUGACUUGACACCAGUACUUCGUUUUAUAAACCUACCUAGUGAUGAUGAUACAGCAAAAACACCUGAUAUCAGCGAAGGUGAACCGGGGGAAGCAAAUUUCCUUUUUCACAACAGUCUUCGUGCUGAGAAAUUCAAGACAGUUGGUUUACAUCGGUUGGAAGAAGGAAAUUUCACAUCUGAAAUAUGCGAGGAACCUUUUCCUGUAAUGCUGUUUCGGUUCCACAGUCUGGAUAGGUUCGGGCCUAUUUCCUGUGAUCGUACAAACUACGGAACCCUGCUUCUACGGAAAUGCAUACAGAUGAAAGAGCUAAUGGUUUCUGAUGUCAACGGUUCACGAUCGUACGUGGAAGUAGACACCGAAGCCGGUCCGUCACAGCCCAAAGUCAGGCGAGUGGACAGCACAUCUCAACACCGCAAAAACACAGCCGUCCUGUCAGUGAAUCAACAUGCAUUUGUGACUCUGUACCUUUUGGAGAAAAUGUACCCAAAUCCACCCCUCUACCAUUCGAAAAGUAUAUGCAUGGUGGUAGAAGCCAUGUUAUGUUUGGGGGAAAUUGUAAGGAAACUGGUAGUAUUCCCCAGUUGGUAUAUAGAUUGUCUGUUUGAUGAGAGAUGGGAAGUGUUUACAUCAGAAAUUGAAGAGAGUAUACGAAACAAAAGUUUCGUUGAACUGUACUCGACAGUUUUCUUAAAACAUUGGAAUGCCUCCGACACAUUCUACAAUGACCGCAACGGGAGUCUGUUGACUCUGCUGACUACAACGAAAGAUUUACCGAUAGGCUGGCGGGCACAGUUGUGUGGAAAUGUGGUGUGUUCUGCACUCAAGAUCCCAUCUACCAUGGACUUGUACUCAUCAGAGGCUGAUGUUGACGUCUAUAAAAUUGUACAAAUGGCAGCACUUGUGGCAAAGGUGUUUAUAAAAGACUGCAUCGCCGAAUGCUGUGACACUGUAACUAAGAUUUUGGAAGCCUGUCUCGUCUGUUCCAAUAAAGUGACAUAUCAACGAGUGUUCGAUGUAUUUUGGGAUUACAGAUCUGAUCUGAACUAUGCCAAACACAAUGAACUCAUGUUGCGUCUCCUUCUGAAGUAUCUGCGCUUGUCCAGUUCCAAUUUAUGUCCGGCAAAUGGAGAGAUCCUCGAUGGAAUAUUAACGUUUGCAGGAAAAAUUGGACUUCAAUUCGCAGUUGUUUCAUUUAAAAAUUGGGACAUCCUUUCAGAAACGUUUGAUAUGCAUCAUUUGUCAACCAUAUUCAACACAGCAUGCCUUGCGUUGAAGCCGCCACUACCCGAUGAUGUCAUUGACGCGUUGGUGUCAUAUCUCUGUGCAGCAUCCCACCACGAUCUCGAAUGCAUGGAUGUACUCAAAGCCAUUCCAGAAGGACCAAGACGAAAAAGAGCGCUGGAAUCCGUCUACGUCAACGCCGAUAACUACUCAUGCCAGGCUCUGUUUCAUGUAGCGAGAACAGCAGAGGAUAACAAUAGCGGUAUUCCCUUAUCUGACUGUAACAUUUUAAGUGAUUUGGGACAUCAACUACUGCAGAAGGCAUUUGGGAGAUAUUGUAAUCCGACAAAUGCUGAUAUCUUGCAGGGCCGUUGCCUGCUGAGUGGUCAUUGGGUAUUAGACGUCUUGAAUUGGUUCUUUUGUAGAAUCUCGGAGAUCGGGACUGAAGAGCGUGCCGCCGGGGAUCAGUUUCAAACCUUCAUGCACUCAAUAGGAAAUAUCUUCAAAUUUGAAACCCAGCUGUCGUUUCUUUCGCAUAUGCAAAACUCCUCAAGUUUACUGUCUGCCAUCAGGGAGGUCGUGUCAGAAGGAGGUGACAUCUAUAUAAAUCCCUUCUGGUAUAAUUGGUUCAGCACAACGUAAUUGACCAUGCACGUUCAUACAUUGCUUUUCUCAUUGGAACAGUUGGUGAAUAAUUAAAUCAACAGAUGACAGUA